GGGAUACGGAAUUUGGAUAAUGAAUUAAUCAAACUUGUUGAAACAAAAGAAGAUAAGUCGAAAAUUUAUAAAGUAUAUUUGAAGAUCGGGCAUAUCAGUUUGUUGGCAAAGGAUUUUCCUAGAGCGCUAUCAUCUUAUCAGAAAGCUUAUAAUCUGAAUAAAGAUGGAUUUUGGAAAGAACCGGCUUCAUAUUUUGGUCUUGGAAUGGUUUAUUUCCAUUUUAAAGCAUUUGAAAUCGCUGGAGAAGCAUUCAAUCGCGUUCUUUACUCGCAUCCAAAUCACGAAUUUACAGUUGAAAUAUAUUCCAGACUGGGAUUUAUUUAUAAGAAUUUGGAAUUUUUCGAACUUGCUAUUAAGCACUUCACAGCAGCACUGAACGACAGCCGUGAAAGCACAUUCCUGACGAAGGUUGAAUUGCGUUUCAACAUAGCUCAUUGCUACGACAUCGCCGGUGACCUUGAUCGGGCAGCCAUCGAGUAUCGAACUAUUUUAACUGACCAUUCCGUUCAACUGACGAGCAGUUUACAAGCACAGAUCCUAAGACAACUUGGUUGGUUGUGCUAUCGCGAGGAGUGUCAACCGGCACAGAGACCUCAAAAGAUAUUCGAGGCAGAAAAUUAUCUAAUUCAAAGCAAAGAACUGGAACCUAAUUGUGGAAAAACAUACUAUUACUUAGGACGUUGUUACGGUGAGCUACAAGACAGAGCACACGACGCAUUUGUUUAUUACAGGCAUUCAAUUGAUAAAUCAGAAGCUGAUGCGGAUACGUGGUGUAGUAUUGGUGUUUUGUAUCAACAACAAAGUCAGCCAAUGGAUGCACUGCAGGCGUUUAUUUGCGCAGUUCAAUCAGAUCGUGAGCAUAGUGCUGCGUGGACAGAUUUAGGACGAUUGUACGAAGUCAAUUGUCAAUUUUCGGACGCACUUCACUGUUUUAAGAAAGCAUUGAAGUGUCAGCCAGCAGCACCCGAAGCUUUGAAAGCGAGAAUACGUGUCCUUGAGAAGGAGUUGCAUCCAUCUUCAUUGCUUAUUGGAAAUUUGCGAUCUCUGCCACCUAGCGAAUUACCUGGUCUUAACGAAGCUUGGAGGCUUUCCAUUCCUGCAGAACUGAGUCAAAGACAAGAAGAGUUUUUGAAACAAAAGCAACAACGUUAUCGUGACGGUAGUCCGUUACUUUCUGCUACGUUAACAUUACCUCAGAAUACAAACGAAUCAGUGGAAAUACAAAUCCAACUAAUGAAUAUUUUACGCGCAAAUAAAGCUGAAAUUACUGAACGCGAACGUAUUUUAUUGGAAGUGCUAGAAAGCAAAUUCGGCAAGACUGAUAAAAAUGGUGUCGAACAAUCUGUAGAAAUGUAUGCGGAACAAGACUUUACGAAUGACGAUAUCAAAAAGGAAAUGAUUAUGGAGGGUGAUGCUAUACCUUCUACUUCUUCAUUGGAGAUUCAUUCAGCCGAAAAAGCGACCACUGAUGACAACAAAGAGAUGACAAAAGAACAAACAAAGCCAACUAAAGAGGUGUCUCCGUUACCUUAUUCGUUCUCACUUACUGCUGAUGUUCGAGUACCGCUUACAAUCACAGCGUCAGAGCUGAUGGAAAGAUGCAGAAGAAGGGUUGAUAAACCAAGUGGAUUUUUGGAAAUAUUUGAUGAGCAAGUGAAGCCUCCAACCUUGCCAGAAGUACCAAAAAUAGAAAAAUCUCCACCUGAAAAACUUUUACGAGCAACUCCUGUAAUUAUGGUGGAAUCACGAAAGGAGGCAUACAGUAUUGAGCUACAAAAUUAUUGUUACAAUAGUUCAGUUGCAUUGAUACGAGGUUUAACGCAGACUUUAAAGAUGGAUCUUUCAUUAUUUUCAACGAAAUCUUUAUUGGAAAUUGCACCAAAUCAUGAGGUAGAAAUACGCUCCCAGUACAAGAUGCCUCCCGAUCAGAAUGUUGAUCAUCUUGGACAGCCAACAUGGACAUGUCACAGUAUUCGUUCUUACACAACUAUUGCUCAUUAUGCUCAGUAUCAGGCCCAAUCAUUCCAGUAUAGCUUGAAGGAAGAAGCCGAAAAACUUCGGGCAGCAAGUGCAAAAUAUGGCGGUAGUGGUGCUGGUACUUCAGCGGAUGCUGGUAACGGUUCAUUGAAACGCCGACGUGCUACUGUACCUGAGGAAUCUCAAAUGCCAAUGAAGUUGAUCAAAUUUGGAACCAAUGUUGAUCUUUCGGAUGAAGCAAAGUUUAAGGUGCAACUAGCGGAAUUGAAUAAAAUGCCGUCUUUUGCAAGGUUAGUUGCCGCAUGCAAUAUGUUAACACAUCUUGGACAUACUGUUUACGGUAUGAAUACUGUUCAACUGUAUAUGAAGGUACCAGGUGCACGUACUCCAGGGCAUGUUGAAAAUAACUGUUUGGCAUCGGUGAAUAUAAACAUUGGACCAGGUGACUGUGAAUGGUUUUGUGUUCCAUAUGAAUAUUGGUUGGCAGUUAAUGAAUUGGUUGAAAAGCACAAACUCAACUUUCUAAAAGGAUCUUGGUGGCCAGAUAUUGAUGAGUUGUUGGAGGCAAAUAUCCCUGUGUAUCGAUUUACUCAGAAAGCAGGUGAUGUGGCUUGGAUAGGCAGUGGCUGUAUUCACUGGGUACACAGUACCGGAUGGUGUAACAAUGUGGCAUGGAAUGUUGGACCACCCACACCAAACCAAUAUGAAAUGGCUCUUCAUUGCCAUGAAUGGAAUAAACUUAAUGGUUACAAAUCAUUGGUACCAAUGCAGCAUUUGAGUUGGCAGUUGGCAAGAAAUAUACGCUUUUCAAAUCAAAAAAUGUUUACGUUAAUCAAACAAAUGCUUAUACGAUCGUUAGCUUAUAGUAAGAUGAUUGCUGAUAUGUUGAGUAUUUACGAUAAGUCAAUUCGGAUGCAUCCAAGGCAAAAAGGGGAAGUGUCGCAUUAUUGCUCUACUUGUGAGAUCGAAGUUUGGAACAUUUUGUUUGUGCGUGAAGUAAAUGGUAAAUUCCCAGUCUACUGUGUUCAGUGUGCUCGAAAAGCAGAUCUUUCAAAUUUUACUGUCCUUCAGCAGUACACAUUCGAUGAUCUUUGCAGUGUUUUUGACCAGUUUCGUCUUUAUCAGUUUCUUGGUUUAUCCUCCAUGAAGUACCUCACAGUGAAUUUCAAAACAGAUCUGCUGUUGUUUGCUGAUGGAAACGAUUGUAUGGCUACCGAUGCCUUUCAUCAAUUUUUACGCAAUACUGCCAUUGCUAUUCGUGUCUUUUUCACCCGUUUUCAUUAA